AUGUGCGGUAUCUUUUCUAUAUUCUCCAGGGAUGGGAAACCGAUUCCCCCACAAAUCCUGCAUGGCAGCAAACACAGUUUGAGGGAGCUGGCCUACCGGCAAAGUGGAAAGCAACGUCAUCGUGGCCCGGACUCCACUGGUGUCUAUGUGAUUGCCUCGGAAGGAGUAGCCAUGGUGCACGAACGCCUACGGGUAGUGGGUGUGGCAGAGGGCGAUCAGCCCUUUGUCUCCGAGGAUGGCGACCUUAUCCUGGUGGCCAACGCAGAGAUCUACAACUAUCUGGAGCUUUCGGCGGAGAUCGCGAAGAGACGCGGUUCCUACAACCCCAAAAGCGAUUGCCACGUGAUCCUGGAACUGUACAAGGAUUACGGAGUGGACCUUCUGGACCACAUCAGCGGGAUGUUUGCGUUUGCCUUGUAUGAUCGCAGGACCAAAGAGGUCCUCCUGGCCCGUGAUCCCGUUGGCAUUAUACCCAUGUAUGUGGGCGAGGAUGAGUCUGGAAACCUGUGGGUUGCCUCGGAGAUGAAGUGCUUGGUGGACACCUGCCCAAAGGUGGAGACCUUCACGCCUGGAGAGGCCCGAUUUGGAAAGGUGGGCCAACUGCAAACCUGCUGGCAGUUCCAGCAGCCCUGGCUCAAGGAGGUUCCCACCCAAGCUUGCGACUUGCCAUUACUUCGUUCCAAAUUGGAGGCCGCAGUUAGGAGUCACCUCCAAUGCGAUGUUCCCUUUGGAGCUUUACUCUCCGGAGGAGUGGACUCCAGUCUUAUAGCCUCUAUAGCCACGAAAAUUAUGCGGGAGAGGGACCCCAAUUACCGAUUGAAGACCUUCUCUGUAGGUCUAAACGAUGCCCCUGAUCUGAAAGCCGCCAGACUUGUGGCCAAUUAUAUAGACAGUGAUCACAAGGAGAUCCUCUUUGACGUCGACGAGGCUCUGGAUAACAUCAGGGACAUAGUUUAUCACCUAGAAACAUACGAUGUAUCCACAGUAAGAUGCAGUAUCCCAAUGCUCCUUCUGGCCAGGGAUAUCAAGAGCACAGGCAUCAAGAUGAUCCUGUCCGGCGAAGGAGCGGAUGAGCUCUUCGGAGGCUAUCUGUACUUUCACAGUGCCCCCAACUACAAGGACUUCCACGAGGAGUCAGUGAAGAGAGUCCUGGAGUUGCAUUUAUCCGAUUGCCUCCGCGCCAAUAAGGUGACCAUGGCCAAGGGCCUGGAAUUACGGGUGCCCUUCCUGGACACGGGAUUCGUAAACCAUGUGAUGCAGAUCCGUCCGGAGGAUAAGAUUCCGGGACCCCUGAACAAAUUCGGGGGAGAGCAGCAGAAGCGGCUGGAGAAAUAUGUCCUGAGAGCUGCCUUUGCGGACAACUAUCUGCCGGAAGAUGUUCUGUGGCGGCAGAAGGAGCAGUUCUCGGACGGGGUGGGCUACGAUCUGAUAUCCUGCCUCCGACCAUACACCGCCAGUCACGUAACGGAUGAGGAAUUUAAGGGAGCAGCGCUCAGGUUUCCCUUCAACACACCUGCUACCAAGGAGGCAUACUACUACCGCUGCAUCUUCGCCGAGCAGUUUCCCGGCGAAUCGGCUAUCCGGACCGUAGUGAAAUGGGCGCCACGGCGCGAUUGGGGCUGUCCCGAGGAUCCUUCCGGGUUGGCUCAGGCCGCCCACCAGACCCAGAAAGGCAAAUAG